GAACCAUUCAGACAUCUGCUUACGAAACAAACAGUCUGAACCAUUAAGUGCUGAACCAUUCAGACAUCUGAACCAUUAAGAGACUGAAACAAAGUUGAUAUUGAUUUUACACUUCAAAAAAAAAUUAAAUUUGACAUUACCCACCCACGACUCACGAGCUAGCCUGCCGGCUGGGGUCCAGUCUUUCACAGUUCCUCUCUCUCCGUCUUCGCCCAGUCGCCGGAGUUGUACUUGAAGAUUCAAUCCGAGAACUGCUGUUUUGGUUAGCGAUUCAUCAUUAAAUGCAAAGUAGCCCACUUUGUUAUUGAUGCUUCAAGGUGGUGUAUUAUAAGGUGACUAAGCCCCUCCCCACUAAAAAAAAGAAAAAAGAAAGAGAAACAGGUGAUACAAAUUGGACAAAGAGUUGUUCUUGGUGUUUGAGAAUAAUGAUGGUAGACAGUAAGGGCUGUAAGACAGAUGAUAACCAAAAAAUUGCACAAGGUGCAGCUGAUGCUUAUACUGGUAACCCCAAAGCCUUGAUUCAUAGUGAUGAAGCAAUGCAGGGACUUGGUCAAGACAAUGUUGAAGUAGACAGCAAGGCCUUAUCUCAGUCAGAUGCUAAUGAUUCUGUCAACAGAACAACCCCGUCAUCUGAUGCUUAUACUGGUAACCCCAAAGCCUUGAUUCAUAGUGAUGAAGCAAUGCAGGGACUUGGUCAAGACAAUGUUGAAGUAGACAGAAAGGCCUUAUCUCACUCAGAUGCUAAUGAUUCUGUCAACAGAACAACCCCGUCAUCUGUGCAUGCAUACACUUGUACUAAAAGAGAGAAACCUGAAAGUGUCUAUUCUGAUUUUGAUCACUGUGAAGGACCUGACUACAUUGCAAAAGACAGUUCCUCACAAGUAAGUGGAAAGGUUGAAACAUCUAAAAAUUUGAAGAACUCAGUGUCUGAAAUGGAAUUGUCUGCCGGUAAUGGAAACAAGGUUCAGUCUAUGAUUGUUGAAUUACCUAAGGAUAUGCUGGUUUCAGAGGAGUUAUCUACUGUAGAUGGCAACAGAGAAAAAAUUAAAAGUGAAAAAAAUAUUGUUCCGUCAUUAGGAACCAGAAAAAGAAAGCAGUUGCUAACUGAAGAAGCAAACAAGGGACUUGCUGAUGCACUAACUGGAAAAGAGGUGCUACAAAUUAGUCAGGUGGAUACAAUAUCGUUGAAUUCAGAGUUGGAUGUUCACCAUGAUUUCAAUGCAAACCAUCCUCCUAAGUCAUUCCUGUUGGAUGCAAAUGCUGUUGGAGUAGAUGAGUCUGGGACAGAGGAAGAGCAAGCGGCAUUCAUCAAAGAACUGGAAGCUUUCCAUAAGGAAAAAAACUUGGAAUUCAAGCACUUAAGGUUUUACGGAGAGCCAUUGAAUUACCUCAAGCUAUGGAGAGCAGUGAUCAGACUUGGUGGCCACGAACAGGUGACAUCAUGCAAGCUAUGGCGGCAAGUAGGAGAAUUAUUUAGGCCUCCAAAGACCUGCACUACUGUCUCUUGGACAUUCCGGUCUUUCUAUGAAAAGGUUAUGGUCAAUUUGAUUACUAUGUGGUUCACUGGUUUCAAGUUCUCAUUGAAAUAUACUGCAGUCCCUUUCUAUAUUAUUUUAAUAUGUUCCUUUUAGCCUCGUUAGAUUUAUAUAAUAGCUGUAAAACUAGAGGUAUUUAACCUGCUGUAAAGUUAAUUUAGCUGGAAACAAGUUAGUAUUGUUGUAUAGGAAGGUUUUUGAAAUAUAGGGACUUAUAUAAGAAGACUUAAGCAACAUAAAUGCCUGUGCAUUUC